CGCGCGCACAUUCUUUCUCUACAAGACAAUCCCAUAAAUCUCCAGAAGUAUGGAUGCCUACUUCUUCGAAAACAGAGACUUCUUUGCGAAUCGCAUUGAAGAGUUGGAGAUCCUCUCGAGAUCCAGCCGAACGGCCGAGUCUUCAGAUCAAUCGACAGAAGUUCACGAUACCGCCGUUUGUGUUCGGAUCCGACCACUCACAGAGGAAGAGAUUGGAUGGGAUCAUGUUCAAGGUGUUCUGAGAGAUAAUUUUGGGGCAGCCAAUAUCUAUGAACCGAGACGGAAGGUCAACGGUAAACCGGAUCUCAAUAGGACUUCGUUUACUCUAGAUCAUGUUUAUGGUCCCGAUAGCAACACAAAGGACAUAUAUAAUGAUCGAGUACAGGACUUGGUGCAAUGGGUUGGUAGCGGGGGAAUGAGCAUGCUAUUGGCAUACGGUCAAACUGGAUCCGGAAAGACGUUUACGGUCUCGGGAAUGGAAAAGCUCGUGGUAGAGAAGCUCAUGGAUGGCACAGUGUCUGGCAAAUGGGAUGUACAUAUGUGCAUUUUCGAGGUUGCAGGAAGCAAUAUGUACGAUCUCCUCAACGAGCGAAAACCCAUCGGUAUCUUAGAAGACCCGUUUGGUGCCAUGCAAUUGGUAGGCGUGCUCGAGAAGAAGCCGACUACUUCAGAAGAAUUCUUGAGUCUGAUCGAUGUCGCCAAAGAGCUCCGCUCAACGGAAACCACAACCAAGAACGAUCAAUCCUCGCGCUCACACGCAAUUUGCCGUAUCCGAGUCGUGAAUAAGGAAUCGCCAAACUCUCCUGAAGGCAGUUUCUUGCUGGUUGAUCUCGCCGGCAGCGAAGCAAGUGCAGAUACCCAAAACCACUCUCGCGAACGGAUGGCAGAGACGCGGGAAAUCAACAAGUCGCUGACGACACUCAAGGACUGCAUCAGGGCUAGGGCAUUAUGGAGCAUUGGGAGAGGAGAAGCAAGCCAGAAGCAUGUUCACAUCCCGUUCCGAACCAGCAAGCUCACGCAAGUGUUGAAAAGUGCAUUCGACGUCAGCAACACCCAAACUUGCAAGACGCUUGUCAUUGCAUGCAUCAAUCCUAGUAUCCUGGAUGUUGCGCAUAGCAAGAAUACCCUCCGAUAUGCAGAGAUGUUGAAGGUGCCGGUGCCGAAAGCAAAGCCAAGACCAUUUGAUGAGCGGAUCCCAACGACGUGGGAGAAUAAGCAUGUGCAGGAGUGGAUCUCCAAGAAUUCAGGGCGACCUCCCAUGAAUCCGUUGUUGUUGGCACCCAGAGAAAAUGGUCUUCAAUUUUGCCGCCUUCAGGAAGAUGAGUUCGUUGGCCGUGCAAUGCUCACGCCAGGAGUGAAGCCUGAGCAGGCGAAAUUGCUGUACUACAAGCUUUGGGCUUUGCACAUCGACUCCCGAGCUCUGAUGAAUAGUGCCUCUGCCUCAAUUGAGACCAAAUCCGCGGAGACUGCGCCGAAGAAACCUCAGAAGUUGAAGGUGGUCAAGGCAGGAAUGUUCUUCAGAUUGGACGAGAAAGAAAUUAAGGACGGCGCUGAGAUAGUCAUGGCUUUAGGGGUAGACACAGCGUCAACAAGCAAGGGGAGAGAUGAAGUGAGGUGGAUCUGUGCGGCCGUUCGUCCUGCUACUGAUACGCCAGGAGCUUAUGAGCUCUUUGUGGCGAACCAGAGGGUAAUUGAGGGCAAACGGCUGAUCGAUGAAGUGAAGUUGAAAUAUGAUAUCCAUACCCGGUACUAUCUGAUUGCGGGAAGUUGAGGUUGGGGUUGAUUGUUCAGAUAGAAUGCUUCUAUGAAUAGACGAGCGGCUGAGACUUUCUGUUAUCGUCCAAUCCUCAUCCCGUAUCUUUUCUUCUCGUUAGUUUCUGGCAUGCAGUAGUUUCUUUUACUCGAAUCAUCCCAGCGUUUCACCACCGUCAACCCUGGCCAGCUCGCAGACCGGCGCAGCGACUCUAGGUCGAUAUUUGACAGGCUGAGCGGGUUCGACUUGG